AGUGAAGUAGAGAACAUCAGGCAGCUUGCAGCCUCUUUGUUCUCCUCCUGGCUCAGCAGGGAGACGGCUCUUCUGAGUGCAGCUGCAGCCUUCCGCCCCCCCCCUCCUCUCGCUGCUCUAUCAACCCGCGCAGGCGCAAUUGGCUCCUCUGUGCGCUCUACUGUUUGCAUUGUGUCUGAGCUGCCGGCGAGCUUUAAAAAUAUUAUACCCACCGCGGCAAUGUCGGGCAGGUCGGUCCGAGCUGAAACCCGGAGCAGGGCGAAAGAUGACAUCAAGAGGGUUAUGGCCGCUAUUGAGAAAGUACGAAAAUGGGAGAAGAAAUGGGUGACUGUUGGAGACACGUCCCUUCGCAUCUACAAGUGGGUGCCAGUUACAGAGCCCAAAUCAGAUGAUAAGAACAAGAACAAGAAGAAGGGCAAAGACGAGAAAUAUGGCUCAGAGGUGACGACUCCAGAGAACAGCUCUUCUCCAGGAAUGAUGGACAUGCAUGAUGACAACAGCAACCAGAGCUCCAUCGCUGACUCGUCCCCAGUGAAACAGGAAAACAGUUGUAGCACCAGCCCUGCCCCAGAGCCCACCUCCACAUCACACCGUGACAAUGGCGAAGCCAAGACUGACCAGAGCCCAGACAGCAAGAGGGGUAAGAGCAUCCCUUCAUCAGAGACCUCAGAGAGAGCACAAAGUGCCAAGAGAGACAGCCUGUCCUCAGGGGAGAAGGACUCUUCAGACAGCAAAGCCACUCAGGACCUAGAGGAUGAAGCCCCGCCCAGCAAGAAAAGCAAACUGGAGUCCUCAUCUCAGGACUUUGAGGAGAGUUAAAUGUUUGGGGCUGAGUCAUUACUCUUCUUCAGCCUCCUGUCUCUUUCCCUUUGUACCUUCCUCCAUUAACUCUAGAUAAUUUAGGGCUAAUGGACAUACUGGCUCUCCUCUCACUCCUGUUUUUCUUCCCUCACCUUCCCCUCUCUACCUAAACUAAAAGGGAUAAUGGACGUCUCCCACCCUUCCCCUCUCACUUUCACCCUAAUGGCUGCUUCCCCUCCAGUUUGUCACCUUUGCCCCUGACACUCCCCUGUCACAGAGGGAGAAUGGAUAUUACCUCUGUUCACUGGUCCCCCUCCGUGCUUCCUUCCAGUCCUCCACACUUUUCACUAAUGCCAAGAGACACGCCGAACCUGGGCUGCAACCCCCUCUGUGAACAGGGGCAGCGCUGUCAGCCAAGCCACCACCAGGCCAGAUGACAAACACUGACCUGCUUCUGUGACUAAAAGAGUUAACACUGGGAUUAGGAUGAGGUCAAUCGCAGACACUGCUCUGAGACCAUUUUUUAAACGUUUCACUGCUAAGGGUUUAGCUCAGGAUAACUGAAGAGGCUAGCCUGGUCUCAGAUCAGCGGCUGCGGGGGGAACCUCCACCCUAGGACCACGUCACUUCAAUCCUCCCGAUGCGCCUCCUGUUAGACUAAUGUUCUAUAUUUGUUUAGGAAGUGUUUAGGGUUUUUUUCUCAGGAGGGUCAAUGCACUGUUAUGGUAUGUCACAAUCGAUCACAGAUAGAUUUGCUGCUGUAGUGGAUGUCUUUUUUCUCUAUCCAUGAAAAGUUCACCAUUGACAUAUGUUUUUGGUUUUUUUUGCUUUCAAAGAGUUUGUUUAUGGUUCGUAGAGGAAGAGUAUGACAACGGUACUGGUUGAGAUACACUCUUGGUUAAGUAGUAAAAACAGGCAUAGCUAGCGUAGGUCCUGGAGGUGUGCCUUGAGUUGCUACGAUUAAAUACACGUUUUAGGUCAAGCAGGUUUUGAAUUACAAUUUUGGUGCCAUGUUUUGUUUUGUUUUUUGCCUUACAAUUAUCACUAAAUAGUUUUAGACGAUAUUUAUUUUUUACCUACAACUGUUUUUCAUUUAAAGGAAUAGAUGAACAUUUUGGGAAAUAUUUGCUUUCUUGCAGAGAGUCAAACUAAAAUAUGGCAUUGUCACAGCCAGGCAUUAGUUAGCUUAUCUUGGUAUAAAAGCUGGAAAGAAAGGGAAAUGGCUGGCCUGGGUUGGUCUAAAAUCAUCAAAUAAGAACCAGAAACACCUGAAAUGUUGCAGCAACACACAAAUCCACCAGGUUAAAUUUCCUUGAUGGGUGUCGCCCAAAGUAGGACGGGACAGGAAGUGGCAGAGGGAGAAGCUAGCCUAGCAGAAAUAGUAUUUGAUUUUGGUUAUUUUACUUUUGUGAAUUUUUCUCUAGGGGGUCACAGCUUCUGUCAAAGACAGUCUGGCACAUAACUCCCUGUGAAUGACACGACUUAAGUUUUAGAUUUGUUUUUGGUUUUUUGUCCAAAAGCUUUGGAGAUGUUAGUAGGUGAAACUAGCUUACAUGUUAACAUGCUAUUUAUUAUUUAUUUACAAUUAUUAUUUUUACUUUUAUACUAGAAUGAGACGAAGAAAGAGACGAAGUCCCUCAUUACUUCUUGGCACAUAAGACAGUGUCUGUCUGUCUCCUGCCAUGUAAUAGCGUUAUAUCCCAUUAUCAUAAAACUCUCUGCAAGGAAGCAAAUUGGCGUGUUAUUCCUUUAAACAGUUGGAGACUGGAAUUUGAACACUACCCAGAAGUUAAUUUAGUUUUGUCUUGUGAAAAUGUUACAAUUUGUAAACUUCAGUCAGAUCACCAGUUGUUGGUCUUUGUCUACUUCAGGUGUUUGUUUUUCUUUUAGCACCUUUAAGUAGAAAUUGACCAAUUUCUGGGACUGCUUUUCCCACCUGCUCCACCAUUUAAUCACUUCUCCUCUGUGUAAGUCUUCUGUGUAUCACUACUUCUCUAUGACCUACUAAAGUCUUUUAGCUCAAACAUUGGUUCUAAUCCUCCAAGGUGCUGUCUGUUGGCUGAAUCCAUACACACGUGGCAUCAAGCUCUUGGUUUUGUGCAAAUUUGUGCAAUUUACUUGAACUUUGUUGUGUGGAUUCAGGCCUGUGACCUCUAAUGUACAACCUCACACAUCUAAGAUUUACUUUCAUUAAUUGAGAUUUCCUUGUCAAUUUGGAUUGAAAUGAAUUGACUCACCACAAAUCAAUGAUUUCAUAACAUAACAGGGGCUUUAUGAUGCAGAAUUACUUGAUCAGAUUUCAGCAAAUCAGCAUUCACAUGGAUGGAGAGAAAAGAAAUGUAAAAAAAAAAAUGUCUUGGUAUAGAGGACGGAUUAGCAUAUACCUCAUUCCCAGUCCAGCAGCGCUGGAACUUAAAAUGCUAUUGUAUUGACAUUAACAGUUAUAAACAGCAUUACGUACACUCAGUUUAAGAAAAAAAAUCUCACUUAUGUUGUAGCUUUCACCUGAUCGAGCCAAUUGCUUAUAGUUUGCUCAUAACUGUAAAAAAAGAAAAAUGGAAAAAAAGAGCUGUGAGAUAUAAGAUCUUGUAUGUUUUGGGUUUUUUUCUUUUCUUUUCUUGGGACCAUAUUGUUUUUCUUUAGAUCUUGUACAGAUUUAUGGUUUGGUUUGACUUAUUUAUUCCAUCAGUAGUGCUUGGUUUUUAUCAUGUCCAAUGGUUUUGUUUUCUUAAUAAAAGUCACAAAAUUU